AUUAUUGGUGUUUUCGUGAUGAAAGAGCAAUACAUUUAUUUGCAAUGUAUAUAUGUAUAUAUAUUGAACGUGACGGAGAAGUAGGAUAGUAAUUGAUGGGGCGUAAGCGUCACCCCUUUUACAAUGGGAGGCAUUGUUAGCUAAAUUCCGGACACGCGGUGACGACCGGACGAGCGGAACGAGUGGAGGGUGACUUAUCUCGUCAGACCAUCACGCGCAGCCGUGCGUCUCGGAUACCAAAUUAGAAAUGCUCGUUCCAAGAGAUUUAGAGUGAAAAUGACGAAUAGAACAAGAACACAGACGAGAACAAACGCAAUUUGAAUUAAGGGGUUAGGGGUAGUCAGAAUUUUCAAAAAAUCGAUUUUUUUUUUUUUGCAUUUUCUUAAAGUAUAAUAUUUUAAAAAUAUUGUGUGAAAAUUUGAAGUGAAUCCGACAAAUUCUUUUCGAGUUAUUUAACAAUGACCAAAGGACGCUCGGGUGCUACGUGGCAUUCGAGAGCAGGUAGCUAGAAACAGCUGCAAGCAACCGACUUUUCGGGUUUCAUUGUCAUGAAUAUCUCCCCAUUUUAAUGUAGUACAAGAACUGAAAAAUAAUUUUUGGUUGCCAGUAUACCUGUAGUCGUUGCACUGAUCAGUCGAUAGUUUUGUGAUAAAUUAUUUCUCAAGUGAAUUAAAUUAUUAACCAUGGGACGUGAUUCUAGAAAGGUUUCAAGAGAACUUCGGAGUUCUGAAAAAAUUAAUAAGUCGCGUUCAGUCAAAAGAAAGAAUGUUUUUAAUCCGAAAACAGCCGAACGUGAUGAAAGUAUUCAGAGUACAUCUUCUAAAAAAUUAAAACAAAACACUGAAGAUGAUGUACCUGAAGACAGCAGUACUGAAUUUCGAAUAAUAAAUUUUAUUCAGGUAUUCACUGCAAUUUCUGCUCUUAUAAAAUGUAAAAAAUGUGAUGGAAAUGUAGUGUUUCAAACAGCAAGUACACGUGGGCUGGGAUUCAAAAUUGUAGUUGCAUGUAAUAACUGUGGAAAUGAAUAUAUUCCUUCCUGUUCUUUCGUUGGGCAUUCUUAUGAAAUAAACAGACGUUUCAUUUUUGUAAUGAGAAUACUAGGAAUAGGAUACGAAGGAUUGUGCAAGUUUUGCGGCCUGAUGGACAUGCCGUCUUUUUUAGAUAAAUCUACGCAUACAAUUUUACUGAAACAGAUUUUGAAUUGUAGUAAAGCCGUCGCAGAAACCUUCAUGACGAAAGCUGUGAAUGAAGAAAAGCAAGCAAUGCCAACAACUGAAAAUGAAGAUAUAAAUCAUCUAACUGUAUCGGGAGAUGGAACCUGGCAAAAACGGGGAUAUACAUCGUCAUUUGGAGUUUCUUCUAUAAUUGGCUAUUUUACUGGAAAGAUUCUUGACAUAAACAUUAAAAGUGCAUAUUGUAAGCUAUGUGAGUAUUGGAAAAAAAAAACAAAUACUGUUGAGUUCGAGGAAUGGUAUCAAUCGCAUGAAGAUGUGUGUUCUGCUAAUCAUCAAGGGUCUUCUGGGAAAAUGGAGGUGGAUGCGAUGGUCGAAAUGUUUUCGUAUUCUGAAACUAAAUAUGGAGUUAAGUAUGCCAACUAUAUUGGUGAUGGUGACUCCAAGACCUAUUCAGGAAUUAUAAAAUCAGAUCCUUACGAAAAUACAACUGUAAAUAAAAAGGAAUGUAUAGGGCAUGUCCAAAAGCGGAUGGGGAGUCGAUUACGUACGCUGAAGAGUAAACAAAAAGGUCUUGGUGGUCGAGGUAAGCUCACAGGAAAAUUAAUAGACAAACUAACUGUGUACUAUGGUUUAGCAAUACGCCGGCAUUGUGAUUCUAUUGAAAAUAUGAAAUCUGCUAUAAUGGCAACCUUUUAUCACUACGGCUCGAGUGAUGAAAAACCGAAUCAUGAUAUGUGUCCAAAAGGCGAAGAAUCUUGGUGCUCUUACCAGCGCGCUGAAGCAAGAGGAGAGCUUGAUACCUUUUCUCACGAUUAUUCUCCUUUACCUUCUGAUGUUUUAAAAGCUAUCAAGCCUAUAUACGAAGAUCUUAGUAAUGAAAAUUUACUUUCAAGAUGUGUAGGUGGAUUCAAUCAGAAUAAUAAUGAAAGCUUUAACCAACUAGUAUGGAAAAUAUGCCCAAAAACGGUAAAUACUAGUUUUACUAUCGUACAAAUAGCUGCAUACGUUGCUAUGUGUAUAUUUAAUGAGGGUAUAAAUUCAUUAUUAGUCUUGAUGAAUACACUUGGACUUAAUUGUGGGCCUAAUUCUCAUCGGUAUGCAGAAAGAAUGGAUGCUGCACGUAUCAAAGUAGCAGAUAAGCGCGCUAAUGAUAACACCCGAGAAGGUCGAUUGCAACGUAGGCACCAGCAAAUCGAUAUUUUGGAAGCUGCUAUGUCGGCUGAAGAGCUAUUAUAUGGUCCAGGAAUAGAUGACUCAGUAUGAAUCUCCAAGGACUUAUGAUGAUCACCGCAAAGGACUUCGGGAGGAACGGGCUCUACAAAAACAGCGAUAACUUUUUGAAUUAUUAAUUUUUUUUUUUGAAAUUUUCGUGAAGUCAAAUCGAAACGUGUUCUAAUAAAGCUAUGUUUUUAUUUUUGUCAAAUAAAGUAAUUAACUACAAAAAAAAAAUUAUUGAAAAUCAUCAUUUUUUCAUA